AUGUACCUUGUGCCAAACUAUGCUAAUUAUUUGACUUUAUUUUGUGAUUCCUGCCCAUUCCAUCUUUCUUUUGUCUUUCUCCAGCCACAGGGGUCAGUGGAUAAGAGCCUGAUGAUCUGGAAUCUCACUCCCAAGGGAAGGGCCUUCCGCUUCGUUGGCCACGAAGAUGUCAUCACUGGGGUGCAGUUCUCCCCAUUUGGUAACCUGGUGGCAACGUCCUCCAAGGACAGAACAGUCCGACUGUGGACACCUUCCAUGAAAGGAGAGUCAACAGUGUUCAAAGCUCACACUGCCACCAUACGAAGCGUUGCUUUCUCCCACGAUGGCCAGAGACUGGUGACGGCGUCUGACGACAAGUCGGUCAAAGUGUGGAGCGUUCACCGACAGUGCUUCAUCUACUCCCUCAACCAGCACACGAACUGGGUGCGCUGUGCCAGGUUUUCUCCAGAUGGGCGUCUCAUAGCUUCCUGUGGGGACGACCGCUCUGUCCGGCUUUGGGACACAUCCACCAAACAAUGCAUCAACUGUUUCACUGACUAUGGAGGAUCAGCGACGUUUGUUGAUUUCAACGCCAGCGGCACCUGUAUCGCGUCUUCAGGAGCUGACAGUUCACUGAAAAUCUGGGAUCUACGCACCAACAAAUUGAUUCAGCAUUAUCAGGUCCACAGUGCAGGAAUCAACAGCUUUUCCUUCCACCCAUCCAACAACUACCUGAUCAGCGCUUCAAGUGACAGCACUGUUAAGAUCCUGGACCUGCUGGAGGGCCGCCUCAUCUACACCCUCCAUGGACACAAGGGUGCUGUAAUCACAGUAGCCUUUUCCAGGCCUGGAGAUCUCUUUGCCUCAGGGGGAGCUGAUGGUCAGGUGCUGUUGUGGAGGACAAACUUUGACACCAAAUCCUACCAGGAUGUCCUGCAGCAACACAGCCGGAAGGUCACCCCUGAUCCUCCACCGCACCUGGCUGACAUCCACCCCAAAGGACCUCACCUUCAUCGCCCUCAGUCCACAGCUAUUCAGAUCAGUCCAGCAGUGGCAGACACUCUGUCAUCUGACCCGCACGUCAUAGAGAUGGGCCAAGCUGUUCACAGCACCAUGCUCUUAAACGGUCAGACACACUUGACGCCCACGCAGGCCGCCGCCAGCAGCCGCCACUCCAAUGGUUUGCCGCCGCGUCAUGUCGCCAGUUCGAAAGUGGAAGGAUGGAAGGGAGACAAAAGUGCCGGUAGGGCAGGUUUGAGCCAUGCUGGGGCUAGCAGGGGAGGAAGAGGAAGGAGAGAGGAGGAGGAAGAGGAGGAGAGAGCGGAGACGCACCCACUCGAAGUCCUCUCCGGUCAUCCAUCGAGUCUGGACUCUACCCUGGGCCACAUUGUUCAGCAGCUGGAUAUUCUCACGCAGACCGUUUCAGUGCUGGAGGAGCGUCUCACCCUGACUGAGGACAAGCUGAAGGAGUGUCUCCUCCACCAGUCCAAAGUCCUCAAGGACGUGCGAGCAUCAGGAGGAGGGAGGUGGAGGACGGAGAGCGAGGAGACGGACUGAUCACCUCUCUAAACACAGGCCGAACAGCACUGACUGGACAUGGGUGUGUGUGGGUGUGUGUGUCGUGAUACUAAGUGUCCACCAUGGUGGUCUCUCUCAGGGGUCAGUGGGUUAAGUGUGUGUGUGUGUGUGUGUGUGUGUGUGUGUGUGUGUGUGUGCAUAUUCUCUCCAUGUCUUUCUUCACCUCUUAAGAAUAUCCAGCUGUAUGGCCAAGCAGACAUUCCUUUUGUGUGUGUGUGUUGACGUGGAUGUUACAUCCAAUUCGGACAGCUGCAGCUAUGAAAACAGACGGUGCUUGUCUGCUGUAUGACCUCUGUGUGUGUGUGUGUGUGUGUGUGUGUGUAUUAGCACAUAUUUUAGCAGUUUGUUGCUUCUGCAGUAACAUUUUUCAUUGUAGUGUGCGAUUUUAAAACCAGGUUGUGCUACAUAUCGCCUCAAACACACCUCCUCAUAUACAUCUAAUUUAAAUGAAUAAAUGAUGCUAUAUUGCACUAAUGUUAUUAGUAUUGUCUGUAUUUCUGUCCAGACAAAACUAAAAAUAUCUCCAACCUGAA